AUGGCUCAAGAGGAACUUGUCGCUCAAAUACUUGCCGAAUUUCUUCCGGACAACUAUCCAGCUCAUUCCGUGCGAAUAUUGCCUUUGUUGAACCCUAUCCUUCAGGAAAUGCACUCCAUUUUCACUUCAGAACUUGUCAAAGGAGGCAUACUGCUGGAAGUCGGCUGCGGCCCCUGUAUGUACACGGCAAUGGCAGCCUCAGUAGCGUUCGAGCACAUCGUGAUGGCCGACCUGGUGCCUGCCAACAUCCUCGAAGUCCGCAAAUGGGUGGACGCUGCGCCGGACGCCAAGGACUGGACGCUGUUCGCCCAGCGUCUGGCCGUUAUAGAAGGGCACGCAGACGCAGAGUGUGCCGCCGCUGCCAUUAUUGCAAGGACGCGCAAUGCAAUCUGUGAGGUGAGGCUGUGCAACAUCGCACAGCCUGGAGUUUUACUCGGCCGUGUUGGGAAAGAACAGUUCGACGCUGUCAUAGCUUGCCUCUGCUUGGACAGCGGUUCUGUCGACCAGGCCGCCCACGAGCACGCCGUAGCUAACCUGACGGAACUGAUCAAGCCUGGUGGCAUCCUCAUAGCCUGUGGACUAACGGGAAACCCCACCUUCACCGUCUGCACAAAGGCGUUCUCGUCACUCAACUCCAGCGAAAGCUCAAUAAAGAGCUCUUUCACCAAGGCGGGACUUACAGUGGAACGUUGGAGCAGCCAAGAAAGCCUACCCUGCAUGGAAUCCUACGUCAGCUACGAAGCCACUUACGUGAUCGUCGGGCGCAAGCAACACCGUGAAACUUGUGCAUUGGUCUGAGGCAUUGCAAAUAUCCCAAUGGAGGAUUUCGUUCGCAUAUACAAGAAGGCUUUGCACAUUUAGCUUUUGAGAACGUGUGCGCGCAUACAGCCUAAAAAUCGGGAGAAAAUAAUUUAGUUCUUUCACGUAUCACCAUGUUCCUUAUGAAAAGUUGUUGCGAGAACACAUAAAAACAUGGCUUGCGCCUGUGUACAUUGUCGCGAGGUAACAUCAGUCAUCAGUAGGCAACGAGCCGGUGUGACCUAGCAAUAUACAGGAUGAAUGGCACGUGCAAACGUGUCCGACUUAUGUAGCUGUGGUGCUAUAACGCCCGAAAACAUUGGCAUGAAUACCAUAAAAUAUAUUACUUUCAUCAAUUUUUGUCACGAAGAAUUAUUUGCAUGUAGAUAAUUUC